CAGCGUGUACCUGUUAGGUGUCUUCCACGCCGACCGACUUUUUAGUUUCACCCUCAGCUGCCACGCUUGAGUCCUAAAAGCUCCUGCUAGAGUUCGGACUCCCACGGUUAGUCAGGAAGGAACGCGGUUGUUCAGCAAUACCUGCUGUCCUUUUGUUUAGGAGCUAGGUGAGGUUCGGCCAGGAGGAUGGAGGGCUCCGGCGUUGGCCGACUCUCGUCAAACCGCUGGCCGCCGAUGGGGACACUUGUAGCCGAAGCGGAUGCUCCGGAGCGCACGGUGCAGGUGAAGAAGCAAGCCGUAAAGCGACACCACCACAAACACAACCUGAAGCACCGCUACGAGUUCAUGGAGACGCUCGGCAAGGGAACGUACGGGAAAGUGAAGAAAGCUAAGGAGAGGUCCGGCAGACUGGUUGCAAUAAAGUCCAUCAGAAAGGAGAAGAUCAAGGAUGAACAAGACUUGGUACACAUUCGCAGGGAAAUUGAGAUCAUGUCCUCCCUGUGCCACCCACACAUCAUCACCAUCUAUGAAGUGUUUGAGAACAAGGACAAGAUCGUGAUCGUGAUGGAGUACGCGAGCCGGGGUGACCUGUAUGACUACAUCUGCGACAGGAGAACCAUUUCUGAGCGGGAAUCAAGGCACUUCUUCAGACAAAUUGUGUCCGCCGUGCACUACUGCCAUCAGAAUGGAAUAGUGCACCGGGAUCUAAAACUGGAGAAUAUUCUACUGGAUGGCAAUGGCAACGUCAAGAUUGCAGACUUUGGCCUGUCCAACCUUUACUACGGGGACGAGUAUCUGCAGACGUUUUGUGGCAGCCCACUGUACGCGUCACCAGAGAUUGUAAAUGGACGCCCGUACCGUGGCCCGGAGGUGGACACGUGGUCCCUUGGAGUGCUGUUGUACACCAUGGUCCACGGCACUAUGCCCUUUGAUGGAAACAGCCACAAGGCACUGGUCCAGCAGAUCAGCACCGGAAACUACCGCAAACCAAUCAAACCUUCUGAUGCUUGUGGCCUCAUUCGCUGGAUGCUGAUGGUAAACCCAGACCGCAGAGCUACCAUGGAGGAGAUAGCGGGACACUGGUGGCUGAACUGGGGCUACCAGAAGUCCCUCUUGGGUGAGACGAAAGUGGAGGAGACGACGUCCACAAAGUCGAUGUCCCACCCGGCCGGGCUGGCCAGCGUUGCCAGUUGGCUGCGGCGUACGUCCAGACCUUUGCUGGAGAACGGCUCCAAGAUGCGUUGCCUGCUCCUCCGCCCACACGGCAGCGGCGGCGACGUGGUGCGCCAACGCUCUCUGCGGAGGUCGCAGAAGGAGAACAACGUCUCCCAGCCUGCGCAAGAAGCAUGCGCGGACACUCGGCCUUCCAAGGGUAUUUUGAAAAGAAGAAAUAGUAUCAAACAAAAAGUCACGAGCGAGGCUCCCACGGUCGCGACACUGGAACAUCAGAGUAUUUUGGGUUUGUCCCCCACAGCCAGCGCAGCCUGUACUGCGACGCAACCUCGGAAAGGUAUCCUAAAGAAGCCCACAGAGCAGGAGUCAGGAUACUACUCCUCCUCUCCUGAGAAUAGUGACUCCGGCUUUAAAGCGUGCCCCUCAGCGCCAACCCAUCGGAAAGGCAUCCUUAAACGGAACGGGAAGUACUCCUCAGGGGGUCUGCAGGAGUUUGGCUCCUUGGAUCAGCUGGCGGUUUCUUUACCGCACCGGGGCUCCAGGAUGAGGCCAGGUGAGGCCAUCAGCAAGGACAGCAUUCUGUCCUCCGAGUCUUUCGACCAGCUGGAUCUUCCAGACCGCGUCGGACCUCCGGCACGCACGGAGAAAGCAGGCAGGCCCUUAAUGAGAGCAUGCGUGUCUGCCGACGACCUGCUGGGAAUCCAAGAAGACCGUGUACUGGGAGAGCAGAGGCCGUGGAGCUGCUACGAGUCCGGAAUAGCCGACAGCGCCUUCUCCAUUACAGACUGCGAUAAUGUGACUGAAGCUUACAAGCAGGCUUUGAAUAUUAACAGCUGAGCUCCGCGGAACUAACUUCAAGUGUACUGUUGCAAAAAAGCAGCGCACUGGAGCCAACAUCACAAAUUGCACGACACCAAAAAAGGGGAAGCACAAAGGGAUAUUUGGUUUUAAAGUGAAAUGCCUUUUCUCCAUAUACAGUACAGUCAAACCUGUUUGUGUUGACAACUAACUCUCGCCCCACCUGAAGUCAACAUGACAUGUGACAGCCAAAGGGGUCUUUUCUAUGAGUCUGUUUAUUUACACGUGUUGUAGUAUCAUUAUCACUAAGCAGUGUUAUAUGAUAAAAGCGACAUGACUACUUUGCUAGACUCCAUUAAAAUAUGCACAGGGUUCAGUGCAAAGUAUGUGAUUCAAAAUAAAAGUGUGUCAUUGAUAAUCUGGAUGGUAAGGAAGAAGAAGCCAAACCAAAAUAUGCAAAAAUGAAGAACGUUUAUAACAACCACAAAAAAACUGCAGUAGGUUAAAAAAAUCUUAGAGUAUCGUCCUCCUGUCAACAUCCAAAGUCACAAGUAAAUGUGUAAGCAAAGACUAUUGACUGUUUCGGUUAGGUCGACAACCGCUUAUGACGACAUGAGUCAGGGGUUAUACUGUGUAGGCCAAAAAGUCACACCAAAACACAUUCAAUGUAAGUUGUGUCCUUUUACGUAGUGAGAGAAGAGAAGAUAAUUAUAUUUAUAUAGCGCUUUUUCUCUAGUGUCUCAAGGCGCUUUACAUAGUGAAACCCAACAUCUAAGUUCCAUUUAAACCAGUGUGGGUGUCACUGGGAGCAGGUGGGUAAAGUGUCUUGCCCAAGGACACAUCGGCAGUAACUAGGAUGGCGGAAGCGGGGAUCGAACCUGGAACCCUCAAGUUGCUGGCACGGCCGCUUCUAUCAAUUGAGCUAUACCGCCCCACGUAACUAACCUGGGUCAGUUAUUUCUCCCCCAGACAGUUUGAUAAGCAUUUAUGGCUUUAUGGCGUCUUUAUCAUUUGAUGCCAACGUGAGGGUUGCUUGGCUCUCAGAUUUUACUGCAUUUUACGACACCCAGCUUCUCAGGAUGCCAAAGAGCACUUUCUUUUAUGGUAUUAGGAAUUCACAGGGCGUUUUGAUCGUUUUUUAUAAUUCAUGUUUUCCAUUGAACUGGAAUAGUUACGGUGACACACUGACUCAUGACAAGAAGAACCUGCUGGACCUGUGGUAGCGCCCGAAUUGUCACUGUUUGUUUUUGCCCUUUCUCCUGUCUUGAGCGUGGAAAAACGGCGGCAUCCGUUUACCCUGAACGAUGAGCUUUAUUAACUGAAUGUUAAUGUGUAACCGUGGAAGUAAAUAUUGAAGAUGGCGCAAAGGUGUUUUUGGGUUAUUGGCUUUGGGCUUCAGUUUUAUUUGAAAACACCUGACUGGAUUGUAUGUUAUCCCAUCAAAAAUAGCUGAAGUGCAUAACAGGUGUGCACCCAUACUGACAGCAUUAUGCUAUUAAACUGCUUGUUAUAUGAUUAUCCCUACAGGUUUUUUCAAAUAUAUUUUUUUAAUUUUUUGUUGUGUCUUACUUUACAUGGAAAUUCUUAACACAAGUAUAGAGUAAUGAUAAAACCGAUAAAUAUAUUUGUCUGAUUUAAGCCACUCCCUCCUGAAUUUGAAAUGUAGAUUUUGUUUGUGUUUUUCCUAAUUAACUGAAGCUCAUCAGAAAUGAAAAUGCUGCAGAAAAAUCUCACAAUUUCAACAAGUUCUUGUCAUUUAAGGAAUGGAAUAGGUUGUUUUUGCAUUUCGAUUUGAAUCACCUUUUUGUACCAAAUGUGGCAAACUUUUUUUUUCCAAAUGUGCCAAAUGCACUCUCUUGUAUAAUUAUGUGAUGGGUCAUUCAUGUAACUGGGAUGAGGAAAUCAAUAAAAAACUAAAUUAAAAAUA